AUGCUGACUGUUGGGGACAGUUUGUUUAACUGUGUGCUUAUGAUUCAUAAACCAUUAUUAUAUGUAAAUAUAUCACCUCAUGUGUCACUAGGCACUAAUGUAAGCAAAGCUAAUCAUUUCUCAGAAACGUUUUCCUGCAGCGACCGGUGUUGACUUCCUGUUGCUACGCAGUAAACCACAAAUAACUAUAUUACUGUGUAUUAAAAGUAAGUGAUCAACGGGAAGGCUAAGGUUCAUUGAAGAAUUUCUGUCAUCGGGGUUCACUGAACUGUGGUGUGACCACGAUGACCACCUGGCUUCUUUCGUGUGCGCUUAUUCUGGCAGCUCAAGUACAAGAUGUACAAGCACGUACUCCCAGGAAGUUUCUUCUUGUCGCAAAAUCUGGGCCCGCCAAUAUUCAUCGAAUAGACCUGUCAUCCUCAAAAAUCUCAACCAUUCCGAUCGACGGGCUGAAGAAACCGAUUGCCGUGGACUACGAUCCUGUGGAGGGCCGCGUCUACUGGACGGACGUGGAGGAGAGGACCAUCCGCUCAGCUAAAGAUGGCGGCAGUAACGUACGGCUCCUUCGCCAGCUGGGUCAAAAGGCUGCACCGCACGGUCUUUCUUUGGACUCUCAGUCCAGGCUUCUCAUCUACACUGAUUUAGGUGAGAAAGUCUUUGGCUUGAUAACAUUGUACAGCAAGUACAACUACCACCACAUCGUCAUUGACUCCGACAUCGAUGUGCCCAGAGACAUCGAGCUGGACAAAGACAAUGGGGUGAUGUACUGGACUGAUGUGGGUGUGACGCCUAAAAUAGAGCGAGCCAACUAUGACGGCACUGACCGGAAAAUACUGGUUUCAGGAUUCGAACUUCUCGACCUGCCAGUCGCACUGGCUCUGGACAAACAUGGAGGAAGACUGUAUUGGGCGGAUGCUGCAGCACAGCUGAUAGGCUGGACAGACCUGGAGGGUCAGAGUACCGGAGUUCUUUUUAGAAAACCAGGCUCGCGCUUCUUUGGGAUGGACAUCUACAAAAAUGACCUGUAUGUCACGGACUGGAGAAAUAACAGUCCACAGGCUGCAACAACAUAUAUUUACCGCAUUAACACGGAUGGGAAAACAGAAAAGAAAUUGUUAACUGCCUUUGGACGACUCAACGAUAUCCGUUUCUACGGAGACGAGACACAGACUAAAGAAUCUAAUGCAUGCAGAAUAAACAAGGGAGGUUGUACCUACAUCUGUAUACCAACGUCUCCAAACAGCAGUAAAUGUCUUACUCCAGACGAUUCGCCGUCCAUUACACCUCCAAGAAAGUUCAUGCUUGUCACCACGUCCACGCCGAAUGCCAUCAAACGAAUUGACAUCAACACACAGGACACCUUUGUCAUCCCAGUGGACAGAAGUCAGAAUCGUCAGAAUCCCAUGGCUGUGGACUACGACCCACCAAACGCUCGCAUCUACUGGACAGACAUCAAGCGGGGAGCAAUUCGCUCCGCCAACCUGGACGGCAGUGAUGUUAUGGUUGUUUGCCAAUUUAAUCCAGGCUCACGACCAUAUGGCAUGUCUGUGGACUCGCUAUCGAGGUUAAUCUUUUACACUGAUGCUGGUCAUCGUCUCAUUGGGAUGGUGAGGAUGUCUACCAACAACUACCUCACGGUUCUCGACUCUGACAUAGACAUGCCUGGGGACAUCGAGUUGGACAAACACAACGGGGUGAUGUACUGGACUGAUGCGGGUGUGACGCCUAAAAUAGAGCGAGCCAACUAUGACGGCACUGACCGGAGAAUACUCGUGUCUGGAUCCGCCAACCUCGACAUGCCACACGGACUGGCUCUUGAUAGAGUUGGUCAGAGACUGUACUGGGCAGAUGGCGAGAGCCGGAUGAUCGGAUGGACAGAUGUGAACGGUCGAAAAGUUAGGGAGAUCUUGAGAACGCCUUCCUCAAGCUUUUUUGGCAUGGACAUCUCCCUCAACACACUGUUUGUCACAGACAGAAUUACAGAGUCCAAGGCUGAAGCUACAUACAUUCGUCGUAUUAGCACUGAUGGAAAGCGACAAGACCAAGUGAUCACAGUUGAGGGACGAUUAAAUGAUAUCCGUAUCUAUUCGGAGGACACAGAAGACAAAGGACCCAAUGGGUGUGGACGUAACAAUGGCGGCUGCGAGGAAAUCUGCGUACCAACUCCUGAUAAUAACAACAAAUGUUUAUUUACAACACUGAAAGAUAAAACAGAACUGUAGACGUCCAUCACGCUUCCCUCGUCGUGUUCUUGAAAUGAUAAUCAGAAAGAAGUCUGUGGAUGAAAGUAAUAGUAAGCAAUAACACACGACACGAACUUUAUAUACAUUACCGUAAAUACCUUGGGUAGCCUGUCUGUUGGUGUGCUAGGCACGGGUGCACAGACGGGGUAGCUGCCGGGUACAUCGACCUUCAGCGCUAAUCCGUUGUUGUUUUUUAAGAAUUACACCUGACAGUUUAGGGUGGAUCCCUCUGUACACCUGCUUCCUGGAAUUGAGAACCAAAAGAUGCCAGUCUGGCCACCAGCGGAGGUUUGCUGGAUUUUACAGGUGAGAAACGUACUUGUCAGUCUCUGAACGAUGGAGAGUGCAUGUGCAUGAAAAACAAAAGAAAAUGGGGAACUCAAACUACCUAUACUAGCAUAAAUUUCCAUAUCUAGAUGACUGAUAGAAAUAAUGAUAAAACUGAUUAAGCCUGUAUUAUACUAAACUAGCUACACAAUGAAAGAAUGUCAUGGUUUCAAAUGUCUCAGCCUCACAUCUGUUCCUAAAUGCCAGUGGUUUUGUCAAAACUGCUGAAAACAGCCUCAGUUAAGAAACCACUUGUAAAUUUUGUACUGAUAGAGCUGGUAAUCAUGUCAAAUUAGUAUUGUAUAAAGUUUGGUGCCUUUG